GGACUGGUGGUGACGUCAUGUUCGUUGUUUCGAAUGUAGCGAGCUUGCGGUGGGUCGGUCGGAGGCCGCGCGCUCUGCCGGAGACAUAACUUGUUCAAAUCUGAAGCUUAAGGAGGUCGACAGCCCCCGGUACCGUGACAUUCAGGAAUAUCCUCUCCCAUCCCCCUUACCCCCUCUGUCAGAGCAUGGCUCAGGAGACCAAUCAGACGCAGGUGCCAAUGCUUUGCACUAUGGGAUGUGGUUUCUAUGGUAACCCCCGCACCAACGGCAUGUGCUCAGUCUGCUACAAGGAACACCUGCAGAGACAACAGGGAGGGGGGCGAUCCAGCCCCCCAGGGGAGAAAGCUGCUACAUCACCUGUGGGAUCGUCAGGUUCAGCUGGUGUGACUGUGGAGAGCACAACCUCAGAGCCCAGUGCAGAGGAGACAACAACCCCACCUGAAGAACAACCAACAAGUCCCAGCUCUCCCAGCCCAGUGACUCAACAGAUGACAGCUAUGAGCAUCUCACAGGAGUCAGUGGCUGUAGAUUCAGACCGAGCAGUGACUGAGGAGGGUGAAGAGGAGGGUACCUCUAAUGGCACAGAGCCAGUCGGGGAAGCAGCACAGGCUUCUUCUGAUGGUGACCAAACUCCAGAUAAAAACAAGAAAAAAAAUCGCUGCUUCUCCUGUCGCAAGAAAGUGGGCCUUACUGGUUUUGAUUGUCGCUGCGGCAACCUGUUCUGUGCCAUUCAUCGUUACUCUGACAAACACGACUGUCCCUUUGAUUACCGGAGUGCAGCUGCCGCCCGCAUACGCAAGGAGAAUCCCAUUGUGGUGGCUGAGAAAAUUCAGAAGUUAUGAGGGCUGAGUGCAAAAACAGUCUUUCUUACAUUGUGGAUUUAAACAGUGGCGACGUGGAGGAAAACACCUGAUAUCAUGGCUUCAUUUGUUCAUGGUAGUCUGAAAGCGGGUGGGGUGGGGUGGCGCAGUCGCAGCCACAGUCCAGACACUUCCCUUACUAGCAUCUCCCCCUCUCUCCGUGAGUGACUGCAGCUGAAUCUGUGUGUGUGCGUGUGUGUGCUUGUGUGUACCCAUUUGCUUGAGAGUUGGGGAGAGGGUGUGGGGGCUUGGUGGACAUUUGUGUUGCUGAGGGGAUUGAAGGCUUUUCAUUUUGACCCCUUUUCGUUUCUUAACUUGGAGGGUGUCGUGUGGGUUUAUUGUUAUACUGUCCCUGUAGAUAGGUGAAAACAGAGGGAAAUUCUCCUGAGAAAUGUGUCACAGUCUGAAAAAUGACACAGAAGGAUAUAUGAUUUGCCUCGUGAGUUACAAAAACAACUGAUUUCAUCUAUCAACAUCACCUUUAAGGGCUCUGGAAUAUUAAAAAAAAUCUUCCCGGACUGAAAAAUGAUGUCAACCUGUUGUCAAAUUGGCAUUUUUCUUUUUCUUCCCAGCUCCUUUACUUAGUGGGUUGCCACUUAUUGACCACCACAAGUCUCAGCAUUUUCCAGAUGUCUUUCUUUCACAUAUUAUACAGAUACUGGGUGCAUGAAGUUACUUGAUGGGAAUGGCAGGGGAGGGACAGGGUAGGGGGUCUGAGAACCUUGACUUAUGGAUUGAUUGAGUGAUUGUUAUUUGUUUUGUUUUUAUUUUGUUUUUUCAGUUUUAUUGCGCGUAUGACAUCAAAAGAUCUAUAUUAAUAUAUUGUAGUUAGCGCAAAUUGUGUGAUUACAUUUAAUUUAUUUUUAUUCCAUUUUCUUCUGUAUGGUUGGUCUGUGCUGGAGGAUUGGCAGCCUGUCUCAGCAAAUCGAGGCCUGCACUCGACCUCUUCAGCUAUUAAUUUAAUUCAUCUUGACUCUUUGACAUUGAAUAAAUUGAAAAAAAUGAACAAGGUGUCAUACUGAAAUAUGGUCCAGUUAAGUCAGGAUUGUGCUGUUAACGGCAAGGUUUUUUUUUCCGAGGGGUUUUUGAAAACUAAGCACAACUCGGUGUGUCAACUGCAGAGCACAAACAAAUGUGCCACACCUACUCAGUUUUGUUCAGCAUCUGGGUCAUUUGCAUUUUAUAUUUGAGCUGUACUGUCGGCUCACAGAGGAAAUUGCCUUGUUUCGUUGAUGAGAAAAUCUGUUCUUACAACACAACCUAGUCUCCUUGAAUGCCAUUUGUAUGUUUUUUGGAGUCAAGAGUGAAACUCUGUAUUUCUCUAACCACCAGCAGACCACUGACACAUGCUGAAGAAAAACUGACCCGGGGCGCAGUUGCUCUUCACGUGACGAUACAUGUUCCUCCCAGCUAAAGUGAAGAUUGUCGCGCGCUGUGCUUUAACAUUGUGCUCAGAAUCAGAUGAGUCGUCAAUGUGAAGUCCGCUUCUAGCUAGCUUCUUCUAGGAAGAUCAAACUUGUGUGCAUGUGUGCAGGCAGACAUAUAAGUUACUGUUUUGUAAGUGACUGCACAGUUUGAAAUGAAGCUGGAAUGUGAAAAAAUAAACAGCAGUAGCACAAUGCAUGGCUGGACCCUCAAGGUUCAAGUUAACAGGACUCUACAGGAUUUCCCCCCCCCCCAAAUGUAAAUACCAUACAGCUCCAAUUCAUGUAGUAUAAUCCUAAUGUAGAUUUCUGCCAGGUAUUAAAGGUCGGGGAUUAAGACGAAUAGUACUGUGUAUUAAACUGCUUUUCAUAAUUAUCCCAAAAAAGUGCUAUAGCUGGCACCAAUAUUUUCCCCAUCUCUACCCUCCCUUUUUUAUUUACAAGUUCUUACAUGUACUGUUAAAAGUAUUUCAAACAACCGGCUCUACCAUGACUAUCUCCAAGGGCCAUGGCAAUUAUUUCACACUACUAGUCUGAUUAACAGGCCCCUCUGUGCUUUAAUGCUGCUGAAUUACAGUAUCCCAACCCUGUUGCUAAAGUCUAUUUAUGGCAUAGCGAUAUUAUUAAAAAUUAAAAAGCAAAGUAUAGGCAAUUGGGGUUUUAUCUCUUCACUAUUAAAUGCUUUCCCUGUAAAUGUUGCUUGAAAUAUAUAUAUGAACGAGCUGUAGAAAAGUUUCAAAGUAAUUUGAAAGUAUGCCUUUUCAAAAUAAGUCACUGCAGAAUAUGUUGGAUGUGCGUGGCUCAUUUCCUCAAAUCUGCUGAGGAGUUUAUUGGACUUGGGCUGGAUUAGCUUUUGCUCCUGUUGCAAAAUUGGCCUUCUUCAAAUAGUCAGUCAAAAUUGUUGGCGAUAGAUAAGCCUAUAAUGAUGGUGACUGGUCAUGCCAAUACCAAGUUUGUCCUCCAUAGCGACUGUGAUAUAAUUCCUUCCUCGAUUCUUGUGUUUUGUGAAAAAAGGAGUUUGUCUUGAGUGGUGACUUGAGAACAACUCUCACAUUUAGGGGGACUUGUGGUCAGUGCUGAUCUGCAGAUUGGCCUACGUUAUACAAACAGCGCCUAAAUCGAUGGCCGUUAAAAAAGUAUCAUUGCUUACAAAACGCUCGAGUUUUCCUCAGAGUUUUGGUCGUUUUGUCGCAGGAAUCUUUAAUUUAGGAUGAUUGUUCAGUCAGGUGAAUGAUGGGGAUUUCAUUGGUUUGCACUCGUUUUUUUGACUGCUCAUAUCAAUGCUCAAAUCUUUUCGACUUGUUCUUUUCUUCUUUUUUUUUUCACAAUGACUGAGCAGUUUGAAUGUAAACCACAGUUCAUACAAGGAGAUGUUUAUCAGACUGACUGUCACUGGACAGUGGAGUGAGGCCCUGUUAUACAUGUAGUUCAGGACAGUUUGAUCACUCAAUUUGUUUUGACUUUGCACCAGCAGUUAGGGCUACUGUACAAUAAUAAUCAAAGUUUCAUCAGCAAACAUGCAUUAUUCUUCAUUUUGUUGAAUGUCUUUAAUCCUGUCUUUAGCACAGUCAUUCAUAAUCAAUGUGUCAUGCAACAGUUUCUAUUAGUAAUAUUAAAUCUGCAACUUGUAAUAAAUCUGGUUUGAGUUGAGUUUCACUGCUGAGAGACUAAUGGUUUUACUUCUGUCUUAUAAAACAAGCUUCAGGGACAUUUAAUAAAAGCUAAAAAUGUCCAGAGAUGCAGUUCCUGUCCCUUGGCACUCCAGUCCCCCAGAAACACCACCAGAUAUCUUUUUUUUUUUUUUCUUUCAAGAGUUAGGAUUGUAUGAUGUGUAAGAAUAAGUUUAAAACAAUAAAAUCACAAAGUUUAUUUUAAAUUAAA